AUGCCCGUGGCUCCUCCGAAACACCUUCAAUGCCGGUCCUUCAAGGUGGAGAGAGUCAAGCGCAGUGACCAUAUUGCCCACGGACCUGCAUUAUUGCGCAAGGCAUACCGCAAGUUCGGAAUUGACACAACAGCCCUCAAUGGGGUGGACGUGUCCGACUUCCAGCCCUUCGAAACGAAGCAUACCGCUUCUGUGAAAAUCGAAAAGGAAGAUGUGGCGGAUUCUGAACAAAUCGGUGCCGUGGAUACCACUUCUGUUGAUGGAGACGUAGAAUUUGUCUCGCCGGUGAAUAUAGGAGGCCAAAUCCUCGAUAUGAAUUUUGACAGUGGCUCUGCUGAUAUGUGGGUGUUGAGCUCGAGACUUCCAAAGCCACUGCGAAAUAGCCGAACAGUGUACGAACCAAGCAACUCCAGCACAUUUGAAGAACUCGUCAACAGCACAUUCAAGAUACGAUACGGUGACUCGUCAUAUGCCAAUGGUGGAGUAGGGAAGGAUGUUGUCUCGAUUGGCGGUGUCAAAGUCAUCGGGCAAUCAUUCGGCCUUCCGACGGAUGUUUCGCAAACAUUUGCCGAUGACAUCAAGUCUGACGGACUCGUCGGUCUUGGCUUUUCUUCAAUCAACACUGUCACGCCAGAGCGACAGAAUACGUUCUUCGACAACGUCGCCCCCAACCUCGACGAGCCGGUCUUCACCGUUCGAUUGCUCAGCAACGGCGUCGGUGAGUACGAAUUUGGAACCGUGGAUCCCCAAAAAUACCAAGGCGUUUUGGCCAAUGUCAGCGUGGAUUCAUCCAAUGGAUUCUGGCAGUUCGACUCGGCACAAUACGCCGUAGGGGGAGGUCCCUUGCACCCGAUCACUCAGGCACCCCAGGCCAUCGCUGACACUGGCACCUCGCUUAUGAUGGUUAGCCCCGAGGUUGCGGACGCGUAUUAUAAGCAAGUUGAUGGCGGAUUGUACGCGAGUAAUGCCAACGGGUAUAUCUUCCCCUGCACUUCGAGCUUGCCCACCCUAUCCAUUGCGAUUGGGAGCGGAUAUUUGGUUACCAUCCCUGGAUCGUUCAUGAAGUGGUCCGAGGUCGGAACCAACACAACCACUGGCGAAACAGUGUGCUAUGGUGGCCUUCAGUCGAGCGGAAGCUCAACUAUGGCGAUCUAUGGCGAUGUAUUCUUGAAGGCACUGUUUGUGGUCUUUGAUCAACGAGGGCCUUCUCUGGGAUUCGCGGCGCCUGCUUAA